CAGAGGAACCUACUAAACAUACCACGCAUUUUUCAGAGAAGCAGCUUGGCAACCAUUGAAGGAGUAUUUGGAAACAAUGCCUCAGGAUCAAAAUUACAAGUACUAUGACUUUUGUCUGGUGAAGAUAUUGGACUAUGCUGGUACCGAUCUUCCAUGGUGGAUGGUACAGCGGUAUGAGAAAUAUGACGCUGAGGCUCUGAUCCGCUCAUACCUUCGAUAUGGUGACUGCGAGCGAGCAACGACAUUGAUGAUACGACGAAUCAACAAGCAAAACGACCACAUUCAAGUGUCACCCGCGACAUCCAGCCGAUGGAUGCCAUAUACUCUGAUCGACAGCAUAUUGAAAGAUCUCCAGACGGAUAUUCAGAAUGUCACUGACGAUGCAAAGCGACGUCGCAUGCAACGGCUUCAAGUACAACUUGAGGGAGCUUUGAACACAUACUUUGAAACGAUACGUAGAGAAACUCAUAUGCUAGUCAAUAAGCCUUCAGUCGAACGAGCGAAGCGCCUACGAGUCUAGCUAUCAAUACAAAAAUCAUGACUUGCUUAAAUAAAAUAAAAUAAAAAAGUCCCCCCAGAGCUUUAA